CUGGGCGGGAAGCUCUGAGUCCAAGUCGCGAUUCGAAGCACUAACAUUGACUAAAAGUAAUAAACAGUUACAUCCAGCUGGAAGCGCCUCCCGCAACCUCCUUCGCACCUUUCUCUGCAUUCCCCCGAUUUGCGAUUUGCGACUCUACCAAGUCUUUGUGCUCAAUUGGUUUUCUAUAACUGAAAAAUCAACAAACCCUUCCACCUCACCAACUCCAUCUUCUCCAACUGAACCAAACAAACCCCCCCUCCCACAAUGUCUGCCCAGAACGGUUCAACUCUCCCCGUCCAGGACCCCUCCAAGGUCGCUGAGGCUCCCAUCGAGACCAAGGGCAAGGGCAAGGGCGCUGCCACCGAGGAGCCCGUCGAUGAGACUAUGGAGGAGGACGAUGACUCUUCUGAAGACGAGGCCGACGGCAAUGCUGCCGGCGAUGAAGAGGCAGAGGACAACAUGGACGAGAUCGACCUGAACAACAUCGUCGAGGGCGGUCGCCGCACUCGUGGCAAGGUCAUCAACUGGGCCGAGGCUGCUAAGAAUGUCCCCGCCGACGAGGAUGAAGACGACGACGAUGACUUCGAGGCUGGUGGCGAGGAGGACAAGAUGGAUGAGGACUAAACCUCUUGCAUGGCCUCUCGACGCCACGUCCGGACGAUCGUGAUUGGGUCUACCCUCUUUCUGGAUCAAGCCCAUGGUCGCAUGAGCAUAUCGCGACAACAACACAGGCGUUUGACCUGUCUGUUACGAGCUGGCGCAUAUGAAGCAAGGUGGGUCAUGUCGGCAGGAAUUGUCUUGGUGUUCUGGACAUCUCUUCUACAGCGCAUUUGUCAUGGUUGGUGAGCAUACACAGCUCGGAAAAUAGGGCCAAAAUGGUUGUUUCAUAAUGGACAUGCUGCAUAUGGGAAUGAAGACAAAAGUUACUGAUAAAA